AUGUGGCUUCCGUUGGCGCUGUGCAUACUGCUGGAGUUCGCCGAGCUCGUCAGUGGCUCCAGUGUUAGCGGUGGUGGUGGUGGUGGCGGUGGCGGUGGCGUUGGACUGGACGAUGGCCAACUGGAAGUGACGUUCAGCGAGCGCACCCGGGCCGACUGGGAGAAGGUGUGGCACCAGGAGAGCCAUUCGCGCUGUCGGGAAAAGCUGAUACGCCAUCUUUAUUGGGCCUGCGAGAAGGAUAUUUAUCGGAUUUCGAGACGAAGUGGCAGCCGGACGGACGGUAUGCUGGAAAAACGAGCAAGGGAAGAUGGGGAUGAAGCGAAUGCGCUCGAGGUCGUACCGGCCAGCCAGAAGACGGUGAGCUUUCCGUGGGCCAUCGAUCGUGAGGUGGCGUACUCGUUCCUACGCACACGGCGCACCGGAAAGCGUCGAUCGGGCGGUUCUAUAACGGCCGAAUGCUGCACCCGAAUCGGGUGCACCUGGGAGGAGUACGCCGAGUACUGUCCGUCGAACAAACGGCUCAACCACUACCGGCGUAGGAAGUGAACCGGUGGUGGUGGAGAUGUGACUGGUUGGAAGCUCAACCCUCGGUGGUUGCGUGCCGAGCCUGGCGCAAUCGCAGGGAUGAGGCAGGGGACGCAGAUCUCUUGACAGACUGGUUUAGGGAGGCAGAACGAGGAGACUUCUCGGUAUUCUUGAUCAUCGUA